AUGCAUGUCACCAUAACAUGCACUUUUUGGUCGACCUAUUCCUAACCGCGGUCGACCGAAUACACUAUUGUGGGCAAUAUGAUGACUUAUCAUGGUCGACCUUUAAAAUGUAAUGGUCGACCGUUUUGAGUUAAGUUAUGACAUUACCGGUCGACCACAAUAAAACAUGGGUCGCCCUUUUCAUUGUAGUCUGAAGCAAACUGGUCACCGUAAAAGUAAUGAGGUCGACCACUUGAUUAUGUUCAUUACCAAAAUGGUCGACCACUUACAGAAAGAGGUCGACCAGACAUAAGAGUAAAGUGCUCUAUCCAUUUAUCCAUCUCUUUUUGACGUGAAAUGAAGAUCGAGUGUUGGUCUCGAGGUCGUCCGAAUACAGUAAGAGGUCGACCGAAUUAAGGAAAUUUUGCCUAUGACCUUCGACUUUUUUACGUAUGUAUGUCGAUGUGGGUGGUUCGUUUGAUCAUUCAAAUUACGUUUGAUAGUCAUUGGAAUCAGUCUUAUAUCAAGAUAGCAAGGACCCAUAACUUCUUAACAUAACAACGUAACUCACUAACAAGAAAUAUAUAAUAAAACACACUUCAUAAUUGUUCACAUAAAACACACUUCAUGAAAUCGAAAACCACAUAACAACAAAAAACACAAGCUAAACUCAUGGAGUUCUUACACCUCUCCACUCUCUAAAACAGCAAAUUAGGUCGACCUAAUCCUAUAUUAGGUCGACCGAAAAGUGCAUGUUACGGUGACAUGCAAGUCACCAUAGCAAAGUCCAUUAAGUUUAUGUAAUAAAAUAUAAUUUUUCGUAUGGGUAUGGGUACAUGUACAUACCCAAAUUCAAGGAUACAAAAUCCAAUAAAUAGAUGUACCAAUUUACCAUAUAUUUGGAUUUCACUCAACUCAAUUGGGUUAGAUAGUAAAAUAUUAAUGGAUUUGAGAAAAAUUGGCAUCCCUAUCCAUGUGUAGUAACCAAUCAUAUUUAAUAAAAACCUCACACAGUUGAAAAAACUAAGUUGAUUACAAAGUUUCUCUAGAAUGGAGAAAUAUGUUGGGAAGAUAAGCCAAAGACUCCCACACAGGUUAAUAAAACCCAACAAAAGAAGGAGAAAAAAGGUUAUAUAGGUUAAUUAUCUUAUUGAGCUAUAUUGUUUCCAAUGUUUUCAAAAGUGAACCGGAGUAUGACUUGAUAACGUGAACGGUUUGGUCUUUAAUGGUCCAGCCGACAUUAUACCGUUUAAAAACCGUUGGAAAACCGGUACCUAAUUAACAAUCAGUAUAAAUAGUGGACAUUUAUUAAUCAUGGUAAACCAUGACUAAAUUAGUAAAUUACACUCGUAACUCUUAACAAUUCCAAAACAUGAGUACCAAAAGUUCUAGAAUUCAACUCUUGAGCACGACUGUGCUCGAUUCAAGCCUCUGCGAUGACAUAAGAGGAGCAGCUACGGGAAGAAGGGACGGGGACUGGCGAGUUGCGAGCGGGGAGCGGCUACACCGCUAUAGGGCAUUGGGAUGGCGACGGGAAGCGCGAGGACGGAAAGUGACGACGGCGUGGAGGAGUUUCUACGGGAAGAUGUGAUGGGGACGGAGACUAGCGAUGGCGAGCUGGGAGCUGCUACAAUGAUUGGGGAUGGUGACGAUGCCGACGGGAAGUCGGGACGGGAAGUGUUGAUGGCGGCAGGGUCUGGCGCCGCCCUGUUAACGAAGAGUCGAAGUCGAAGACUCAAUUAGAAUUAGGGUUUCUUUCCCAGCCCCACGAUUUUGCCCCUUUCGUUUUCAAUUUUCAAUUUUCUUUUUCAAAAGUUUUUUAUUAAAUAGAACGACCGGAAGGGGGAAAACCAAGCGACCGAUUCGAGUGGCUCGAGCAGUUAACUGCAUCGGUCGCUCAUCAGCCGCUCUAUAAAAUCGUAGCGACUAAAUGAAUGGCCCGAGCCGAUUUUAAGGUCGGGUGCAGCUUUAGCGGUCCGGCCGACCGACUCGGUCCGAUCUUAAUAACACUGAUUGUUUCUA